AUGAAGCUCAACACUAUCUUCCUCGCUGCCAUGGCCUCUUUCGUUCUCGCCGGCCCCCUCGCGGUCCCAGACGACGUCCCCGCCCUCAUCGCCGAGCCUGAGCGCGCUCCCGUCAACACCGAGGCCACCGGCACUGAGGCCACCGGCACUGAAGCCAUCAACGCAGCUCCUGCCCGCGACUGCCGUCAGUGCGAUGAUUUCUACCGCAAGUGCAUGGGCUCUACUUGGUGCUGGUACGAUCCCAUGGCCUGCUCAAAGACUUGCAACCUCGAUACUUGUCGCAAGUUCAACAAGGCUUGCACUCCCUGCGGCUACACUGAUAGGUGCUAA